AUGAAUCAGAGUGGAGCCUCCUUGGAAGACCACCUGAACAUGGCACUUGAACUUUUAAGCCAGGAUCAAGCAAGAAGCCCGAGCAGCGAUGUGCCGCAAUCACUACCUACAUCUGAACCGGCUGGAACAGCUGACGAGGGAUCGGUUUCAACAACAACCCCAGCAGAUUCCCAGUCGACCGACCGUCCAAUGGGCAAGAAGAAGGCAAAAGCCAUCCACCGAUCGAGAGUAGACGGAUCCGAAGACUGGAAAGACAAUGUCGCCAUGGCUCAGAAAGAAAUAGCGGCUCAAGCAAAAAGACAGAACGAUAUUGCGGAGACCAAGGCCCAAUCAAUGAAAUCAAUUGUCCAAACUGCUGAGAUGAAUGCCGUGAACGCGCUCAUGACAAAGGACUUGUCUGCUUGUAAUCCCGUCGCCCGAAGAUACUUUGAAUUAAAACAACAAUCUAUUCUUGAGGCCCUUGAAGCCGAGUCCAACUGGCUUUUGAAUACUACCUGUUACUUACCUUCUUCUUCAACACCAUCUGAAUCUAUCUCUCUCAUCAUUAUAUCUAUUUAUAAUGACUCUUUGCUUGUCUAUUUUUGAUUGCUGCAUGAGAAUGAAAAAAUCAAGAAGAAUGAG